GUGAGGAGACGAAGCGAGUUGGAAAGUAAGCAUCUGUUACCAAGAAGCGAAACGUGACACUGGAGGUGAGAGGAUAUGAGUCAGUCUAGAGGUUCGGCGAGAAUGGGGGGAACCAACGGGGGGUAGUGGGCAGCCCACUGCUCUUGUGAGGGCCCACCCCAUGCUAGGUAAGACGUGUUAUAAAUGUGGUGAGGCUGACCAUUUCGCGAACGUCUGUGAAGAGUAUCAUGAGGCGAAAGCACCGGGAGUGGCCUUCGUUCCUCCACCACCGAGACCAAGACUAGGGAGGAAGGAACAAGAGACAAGAGAACUCGAGGAUAGGAAAGCUGAGGAAGCGCGCUUGGAGAAAGAAAGAAAAAGGUUGGAGCGAUUGGAAGAACGUAAGCGAUAUGAAGACGAGAGAAAUGCGAGACUUCUGCGAUUGGUGCGGGUGGAAUGGGGUAGCAUCACAAAGCAGGAAGCCGAGAAACCGGAUAAAAAGAAGGUGCGAGUUAAUGAAAGAGGAGAAACGGUGGAAGAAGAGAAAGAAAGGCUGAGGAGGGAGAUUGCGAUGCAGCAGAGCUCUGAAGAAGAAGAAGAUACGGAACUUAUACUACUGAGAAGGCGUGCUGCCAGGAUCAACAUCAACGAAAAGAGACGGCGCGAUCCUGAGGGCAAGAUGGCCUGCGCAAUGCCUCAAAUUACGCCAACUAAGGGACCGCGACCUGGUCUCAUGGCGGACGCCAGAGGAGUAAGACCAGCAUUGAGCACUGAUGCGAAUAAUAGAAUUGACGAAAUUAAGAAGUGUGAAGGCGAAAAAUCGACUUCUGCAUCUACGAUACUCUUGCCGGUUGGAAAACUGUCGCUGAGCAUGAAACAUGUGUCAGUUGGAUGUGGCCCGGGGGAUAGGGAGAAAUUCGAAGUGGAGCGCCGUGACUUAUUUGAGGCACUGACAGUGGAUGAACUUAAAGAAGUUUGCAAGAAUGAGAAGAUUGGCUAUGUGAAACGAGACGUAGCUAUCAAGCGGCUCAUAACCAGAAAACUGUUGAAAGUGUACGAUCCUAUCAAUGUACCAUUGCCGGAACCGUUGAGAGAAGCAUCGAUUGUGCCGAGAUCUGCUAGAUCGGCAGGACCGAAGCCUAGCACCGAAUCCGAUGAUGAGGAAAGUGAAUAUGAGGACGUGGAUGAGGACUUGGGGUGAUGCGUUUGGCGCAUGUGGAGAGACGUUGGAGAACUCCGAAGCCUGAGAUAACGAUAUGGUUGCAAUGACGAGA